AUGUACGGCGAAACAGCCAACAAGCUCGUCCAAAACGCCAAACGCACCCUCGCCCUCCCCCACCUACCCCCCUACGCCACCGAGCUAAUCCGCUCCACGAUCCGCGAAGUCCGCGACCUCGACCGCGACGUAUCCUCGCUUCUCUCCCCCUUCAGCGGAUCUUUCAACCCGUCCUCCGAGCCCGCCACCGCCUGCGCCCUGCUCGUUAACCACCUGUGCAUGCGGCGCAACAAGCGGUGUCUUCUGGCGUACCACCGCGUGCGGAGCGAUAAGCUGGAGGAGUACUGCUGGGAGGGGGUAGAUGUGCUGGAGCAAGGGGGCAAGAGCGGGGGCGGGGAGAGUAAAGGCGGAGAAGGUGGGCUGAGGGGCGGCAGCGAUGAGAGUAGUCUCAGCCCCGAGGAGGAGGAAUAUGUCAGGCAGUAUAGCGAUUUGCUGGCCGCGUAUAAGGGGCAGUGGACGGAUGUGGAUCUUACGGGGAGCUUGGAUCCGCCUAAGGAUCUUUUUAUCGAUGUUAGAGUGCUGAGGGAUGCGGGGGAGAUUCAGACGGAGUAUGGGUCUAUCACUCUGACGAAGAACAGCCAGUUCUACGUCAGGCAGGGCGACGUGGAACGUCUGAUUGCGCAGGGCUAUCUCCAGCGACUGAGUUGA